GAUUCCAAGCCCAAGACUAUCGCUAAGGUGUUCCACUCUGUGUUCUGUGAACAUGGAGCGCCUAGAGUCCUUAUCACUGAUAGGGAUAGGGUACAUCUUAUGCGUAAGGAUAUUAAAGUGGUUCUUGCGAAACACGGUGUACGAUAUUAUACUCUACCCGGUUAUGCUCAAUUCCUGAGCUUUUGGGAAAGAGCUCACAAGGACUUUGUCGAAGUGACGAGAGCGUUGAGAGUAUCUAUGGAUCGUUCUACCGAAGGCUCGUAUAUUGAGGACUACCAGCUAGCUGUUAGAGCAUAUAACAUCACCCCAAGAAUGUGGGCGAAUGUAAGCCCAACGGAACUCCAUUUUACUUACGGUAUACGGGUUCCUGGUGACCGUGGUGACACAGACGGUGAUAUUGAUUGGGACGAGUUGAGGGUGAAGUAUUUCGAUACGGAUCUCUUAAGCUUUGUCAAGGAUAGCGUGCCACUGUUGGAAAGCGCUAAGGAUGAGUUUGCGGUUACCUUGAGGGAGUACUUGGAGCUAUGGCGCAUGCGUCAAGAGAGAAAUCUUGAGCGUAUGGCUAUGACUGAAGAUCGUAGGUAUGAACCUAAGUUAUUCGACUUAGUGUUUACCUCCAAGUGCCCGGCUAAUCGUAUUGGUCACCAUCUUGAUGUUAUAUGGUCUGGUCCUUCGACUAUCACUUCACUCAACGGUACUGCAAUGGUUGGUAUAACCCCCGGUAUUAUUCUAGAAGGUGUUGGAGGGGUAGCACCCCUAAAUGGUUCGGUUGUGGUUGUGGUGGACCAUUCCUACAACGGGUUAGCCACUGUUCUCGAGGGUGAUGAGGGAACUGAAGAUGGAUCUAUGUUGGUCCAGCCUAUGAGGGUUGAACUUCUCGGUGGAUGCUUAGAACUUGCUAAGGCCACUGAUAAGGACAUCCUUACGGUACAGCUUGAUAAUAUGGUCUACGUUAGCCCAUGUUGCCAUAAAUGGACACGCAAAAGAAGUCGAGACCUAUUGAAGCUACUACACGAUGUCCAGGUUCCCCGUUGCUAA